AGAAUAAAGUUCAGAAGAAAUAAAAAAAUAUAACCAAUUAAAAAAACACGCCAUUGAUAUAAAUUUUAUUUGAUGUCACUUUUAAAUGCUUUAUAUUUUCGAAGGCAUUAUAAUAAAGGCAUUUAUAAAUAAAAAAAUUAUAAAUUAUUCUCAAACUUAAAUGAAAAGCUCGAAAAUCGUACGUCAGCAAUAUGGAAAUACCGAACGUGGUAAAAGUGGCAAACGCUCCGAAAAAUCAGCAAAAUUGGAUAGAAAGUCAUCGCGUGGCAUGAUCUAUGAAAAUGAAGAAUUAAGACUACGUACCAUCAAUAUAAAUGCUGAGGUAGAAAGAGGCCAGACAGACAUAAAACGCUUACGUAAAGAAAAUGAACAAUUACGGCGAGAAAUUUGGACACUACGCGACGAAUGCGAUCGACUUAACAAAAGAGUUAAAGCGAAAUUUAUAGAACAUGAACAUGGUGUUUAUAGUGUUAGAUGUAGUGGUAAUAACUGUUCCUGCCAGUUUAAUGAAGGUGGUGGCGGUUGUGACGGUGUACAUAGUAGAUGUAAUAGUGAGGAUUCAGAUUCCUGCGGCUCCUGCUGUUGCCACGAAGAUGAUGAUGUGCCCUGCAAUGAAGAUUGCUGUAAUGAGAGUAGAAAACUACCAGACAUUGCUGAAGCUGAUCAACAAUCAACAAUGCUAUCUCAAAACGAUAACGGUGUUGCAUCAACAACAGAAGCUCCCCCCACAAGCAAAUUAACUAAUUUCGAUCAUUUAUCGGUGGUAUCUGAAGAAACACUUAGCAAUAGUGAGGUGGCCUUAGCACUUCCAGCUGAAAAUCUUUUGGGUUAUACACCCGAUAUAUGUGGGUCGCAAACAACUUUGCCUAGUUUAGUGGGUCCUUUGACACCGCUUACUCCUAUAGAGUUAGUUGCAAAUGAAUUAAAUGAUUUACAGAAUGUUGUACCAUCAUUGUCGUAUUUUGAAAAUGUUUUGCAGCAGCACAUGCAUUCAAAUUAUGGUAGCACUCCUGAAAGCUCGUCUACUACGAAUUCGGGCAAAACUAUUGUUAAGCAUACUAAUGGUUGGGACUACAAUCUGGAAUCACCCUUUGCUCAAAGACGAUAUCAAGCCAAUUCUAUAUCGCCCGUUAUGACAAAACGUUCACCAGCACAAAUUUUAACUACAUUUGUACCUACUACCACAGUGACACCACCUCCUCCUACGGACAUUGCGGCCUCGAAUGGAAAACCAACAUUGCCGAAAAAACCUACCGAUCUUAGUGUAACUAGUCAACAACAUCCCCUUAUAGAAACCGUAACCAUAACAACAUUGCCACCCAAUGGCUGUGGGUCCCAGAAUGCAACAACAAUAUAUAAUGGUGACAGUAAUGGCAAUACAACACCUAAGCACUUUUUUGCACCCAUGAAACCGAAAUUGAAACUAAAUACAGCUUUAGCAAAUCAAAAACGUUUACCUCCACCCCCACCUCCAACGACCGAAACAGUAUCUCAAACAGAAUCAUUGGUGCCACAACACAAAUGUGAACCGCCAGACAUCUAUGUGACCAAUGCCUUAGCAACACCUUACCGGCCACCCAAUAAGCCGACCAUGCAACCACCACCAAUACCACAACGCAUUACCAGUACAUCAACAAUGCAAGCACAAACUGACUCGGCCAACUUAGAAUCAAUUCUGAACGACAUUGAGGCCAUAUCGGAAGAUAUAUUAGCGAUACAACUAGUAAAGAACAAAUCACGUGAUAAUCUCAACAAUAAAUCUACAGAUUCAAUUAACACAACUGAACAGCAGCCAUUGCAGCAGAACAAUAAAAACACUAAACCCUACAGAUCAGAAAUGAAUUUGCUACUAACAUAUGAUGGUGAAAAUGCGACAAUAAGUCCUGCCGAAACUAUAGCAAAUAACGAAAUUAUCUCAGAAUCUAAUACCAGUACAGCUCGGAGAACAAGAUCUUUGGAAAGAGAUCACACAGACAGCCCCUCACCACAUAUACCAGAUCCUAUGCAACCAUUUCCCGAAAAUCGUAAAUAUAUAGGAUUUGAUCGUAUAAAUAAGGCUGCUAUUAUAGCGACUACCACUGCUCCCAUGGUAGCAGCUACAGCAACACAAACAUCGCCUAUACUGAAUUCACCAUUAAGCCAGAGAGUUCAGCUGCCUUUGUCACCGCUUGUUACCAAUGUAAAUACGCCGAAAACAACAAAUGGCAAACAGUUGCCACCCACACCACCAACCCGAUCAUAUCCAACACCUUUAAAUAUCAAAUGUGCUGGUAUAGCCAGAAGUAGCUCUGUAACGGGUUGUCUGCCAACAACUGAUUCUAGUACAAAUUCUCCAGUACUGGCUGGUGUAUCGCCUAACAAAAGUCAAUUAUAUGCUGCUUUGGCCAAUGCUGCUGCCAAAAGAGCUCAAUUUCGAUCUCAACCAACACAAAUGACUCGAUCAUUGGAUGUGCCAGACAAUAUGAAUGAGGAUGAAACUGAGGCAAUAGAAAAUGCCAAGAGAAAAGCCAGAAGAGUAUCUAUCGUUUGUGCUGAUACUGAUAGUCCAGGAACACCCGAAAAACCAUCGCCCUCUUUGCGGACCCAAAUCGGUGGUUUUCAACUUCAACCCACUACCAGUGGUAGCUGUAUGGACUUGCAUGCGGUGAUGCCAAAUCCGGCAUUACGUAACAUCAAACAGACUAGCCAGAGCACACCGAACUCUCCACAUUCCUCCCGUAAACAUGAAGGCUCACCACUUGCCACAUCACAAGCACCACCCAUCAUCGCAAUUACACCCAACUCAACGCCUGAACAUCACCGCACCAGCUCAAAUGCGAGUGGUUUGUCCCAGCUACUUGCUCACAAUCACGGCCAUAGUAAUAGCUAUCCAAACGUUAUAUCACCAUUGACACAACAACAUCAACCUCCUCGUAAAAAUAGUCAAGACACAAUAAAAGCCAGUGCGGCGGAAAUAGCGUGUGCCGCUGCCAAUGCCAUGCGUUCAAAAUGUUCGCGUCGCCACUCCGACGGCACUGUGUCACAUGCAAAUCAACGUAUUAGUGGUGCAAGCGGUGGCACCAAUGGGACUCAUCAUCACCAUCCGCACAAUCAUCAUCAUCAUCAACACAGCUCGUCUCUGGUAAGCAACACAAAUCCUCAUCAUAGUCAUCAUUCCCGUCGGGACAGCAAUCACGAGACUGUGGCAUCAUUUUCGGAUCGUAACUCGAAUAGUUUAGGGUCAUCACGGGAGUCAUCGGCCAGUUUUAGUAUGCGCUCGCAAAGGCGUAAAUUAUCUGUAAGUUCUCACACUGGUGGCAAGAUACCUUGGUGUGGCUGUUGGGGCAAUGGUUGUUUGUGAAUAUUUCCAAUUAGUUUUUUUGUUUUUGUCAUUAUUGGUUGUUUUUUUUUUUUUUUUAUUUAUUUAAGCAUUUGCUUGUUAGUAACAUGCAUUCAAUAAAAUUUAAGAGUCAAUUUUUAUUUCACUACACAUAUGAACAUGUAUAACCAAAUAAUAAAAAAAAACUAUAUUGUAAAUGUAAAUAAAUUGAUAAGAUUUUUGAAAUAGAUAGUAAAUAUUUAUUUUUAUUUAGGUUAACAUAUUGAAUAAAUUUAAAUAAUUGGUUUAAUUUAAAUAACAAAAUUGCAAAGUAUACGAGUUUAUUAGAAAAAUGAAAUUAUUUAAGUUUAAACCUGAAUUAAAAAAAAUUGUUACAAAUAACAAACAAAUUAAAAUUAUAUACUAUACUAUAGAAUAAAUAACACAGAUUCCAUUUUUUAUGAUUUUUAUGUUAUUCGAAUAUUUAUAUUGUACUAUGCAUAUUUGUUUAUCAGAUUAUUUAUUUCAAUUAACUACAGUUUAAAUUGUUUUAUUAAUGUACGCAUAAUAUAUGUAUAAAUAUAUAAAUUGCAAACUUUUGUUGAACAAAUUACAUAAAAUAAAACUAAUCAAAUUUCUCUUUAUAAA